UCGGCCUGAGGCUCCGCCCGCUCCGCUCCGCCCGCCUCGGUUUCUCCAAAGUCCCUCCCUCACACACAGGUUGUCAUGAACAAAGAUCGUGUCAUGAGGACAUGGAGAUGGAAACCAAAGGCUCCUCUAGUAUAUUUGAUGGGAACGAACGAGCCUCAGUCACGUUGGAGGCGAUGUUCAACCAUUGCCAUCACCAGCUGGGCCAGACUUACAUCACUGCACAGGCAUGGCCAUGGCAUUUCAGGACAGCUUCCUCACUGCCCACCUGCAGUGUCCCCCAGCUACCUGGGCCAGGUGACACACCAGAAGGUAGGCAUCAAUGCCAGUUGGUGCCACAUUGGUGAGGCCUGUUUGCACAUAUUGUUGUGUGGCAUCAAUGAGAUUCCACUGUACAGCAUCUAGUAACUGGGAGUGUAACCAUGGCAUGGGUGAGUGUGCUCCCUGAAUAAGCUGUGGGACAUGGUGGUGUUUGUGGGGGACAGGGUCGGAAAUGGGGUCAUGAUCUCCAGAAAACCAGACUGCAUUAACAUUAUUCCAUCCUCCAGCUCCAGUACUUACCAAACGGAUUGGUUUUGAAGCACAGGCACCUCGCAUCUGCUCUCUUGUCUGAGCACGGUGCUGCUCCUGCUGCAGAGCUGAAUGAGGCAUGUGAUCAGGUUCUGUAUCUUCACUCAAGUUCAAGGGGGAUCCGUCUCCUCAUCAGAGGGAACAGUCGAUUGACGUGCAGGAUGCUUUUCCUGCAGGAGAAUUAUGAGUUAAUCAUGGAUUACGUGUCUGACGUGCCCAUGAGGGGGUCUCGCUGCUCAGUACAGUCAGCUGCUUGCUGGUAGCUUCAUAUUAUGGCAGAGGAGCCCAUGUAUCAGAGAUUGAUCGCUUCGGAUGAAACUGCAAAGAAGCAGAAAGCAGUGGCCUGUGCAUCCAUGCUGUGUCAUCCCAACCAAUAUGUCCGGUUGAAUUGCUGCCAAGUCAUUGCAAAGAAUUGUGCACCAUGCCUCCACAUUCCUCAGUUUACACAUCCUCCUGUGAGAGAAUUGAGAUGGACUCCUCUCAGCUCCUUAUCAUCUCAUGGUCAGGCCAGGCAGCCCUGUCAUUGCUCCAGACAUUAAUAAUGGAAAGCAAGCACACAACAGAUGAAUUAACAGGUGUCUACCAUCAGUCCUCACUGGAGGAUAUAAAUAACAACCCAGGCUAGAAGAAAUUAGGGAAUUAGAACACAGGGUGAAAUUUUAAUCAUCAAGAAAGAAAGAGACAAAGUGCCACAAGGUGUAACUCAGCAGGUCAGGCACCAUUUCUGGAGAACAUUGAUAUGUGAUGUUUCGUGAUUCAGGCAACCUGUCUGAAAAAAAGUCCCGACCCAAAAUGUUGCCUAUCCGCGUUCUCCAGAGAUGCUGCCUGACCCGCUGAGUUACUUCAACACAUUGUGUCAUUUUUUGUAAACCAGCAUCUGCAGUUCCUUGUGUGCAAUCAUCAGGAAUGUGACUCUGGGAUAUGAACAAAUUGUUGGAACUGCAAGUUAUCCUUGGUCUCAAAUGAAAUGUCUGAUAUGAGAGUUGAUGCAUCGAUUUUAUUUUUACAAAAUUCAUGGGAUUUGUGGAAGGUUCCAUUAGAUUAAAAAUUGUAUAUAACUCCUAUUGCCAAAAAAGAAUGGAGACAAAAUCAAUCAAACUAUAAGCCAGCAUUAGUAGUAAUUAUCAAAGAUAUUAUAACAUUUGAAAAUUCCAAUAUGAUCAUGUACUGUCAAUGUGCUUUAAUGAUACGGAUGUUGUGCUUGUCCAAUUUAUUAGAGUUCUGUGGAUUACAGGGAACCUGUGGAUUAUUACAUUUAAAUUUCCACAAGUGUUGAUAAAGUGUUGUGUCAAUGGUUAUUGCGGAAAAUAAAACCUAAUGAUGUAAGAGGCAAUUGUGGACGGAUGGUCGGUUAACCAACAGGAAACAGAGGGUUGGCAUAAAUGGGUCUUUUUUCUGUUAGCAUGAUUUAAUGUGUGGUGCCCCACAGGGACUGAUACUAAGACCUCAGCUUUCUACAAUUUAUAUAUGUCAUUGACUUGAAUUAAGGCCAAGGUAUGGGUAGUAAAUUUGCUAAUGUGAUAGGUAGGUUAUGAAGAGAAAAGAAAGAGUUUUUUCUGUGGCUGAAAAUUGGAAAUAUAUUGGGCAAAUCUCCACCUGAGGUCCAUCCUACUGAAAUGAAGAACUUGAUGAUUACUUAGUAAAUGAAAAACAAAGAUGUAAGUUACUGAAACAAAGAAACUAUAGCUACAGUGUCAAGUCAUAGAGCUGUACAACAUGGAAACAGCCCUUCGGUCCACCUUGUCUACUAUGCUAACUUGGUCCUAUUUGCCUGCAUUUGGUCCAUGGCCCAAUAAAUCCUUCUUAUCCAUGUUUUCUGUAUUUUACGUAAGGAAUGCAUAUUUUUUGAUAUUUUUGGCCUGAAUUUGAACAUAUACUUAGUUGACAUCAACUUCAGAAUAUGUACCUUCAUGUGCUUGACUAUAAGUAUACAUAUAGUUAUAUCAGGUUAAAGCAGAUACAUUAUACAUUGGUAUACAUGACAAUAAACUAAACAACAUCAUGUGAACCGCCUGUAAGAAGAGACUUAGAUUGUAAAUCUGCCCUUCUCUGGUACAAAGAUUUGCAUCAGUACUCUGCCGGGUUAUUAUUACUUGCAGUUGUGUGUUUUCUUUUAACAAUGUUCCCCAUUGGCUAAUCUAAUGAUCAUAAUUGCUAACCAAAUGGUUGACAUUUAGAGAUAUGGACUCAUUUUGUAUUCUAUAAAAUACUUGAAUGCUUUGCAGUGUUUAUGCAUAGGCUUAUUCAUUAACAAUUGAAAUUAAUUCCUGAGGUCAGUAUGUGUCUCGUGCUUUAAAACAUUUAUCUCAGUUAAAUUUAAAACCGUCUUUAGUGCCUACGUGAUCCAUUUCAAUAUAUCAAAUGUUAUCAUUUGGGUUUGAACACAGCUGACGUGACCUGCUCUUGUGCUCACCUCCUGUGUACUUUGUGGCCAUGUGCCUCGUGGCCACCUCAUGGUCUCCAUUCCACCACUAUCCUUGAGGUCGAACACCAUUUAGGGCUAAUGACCAGAGCCUGGAUGAUACUUCCUGAGGCCAACCAGCACCACUUGGUGCCCUCUGUCAGCCUAUUUCACUGUUUAAUUUAGUUUUGUUUAGAGAUACAGAGCAGAAAUAGGCCCUUCGGCCCACCAAGUCCGUGACGACCAGCGAUCCCCGCACACUAACACUCCCCUACACAAACUAGGGGCAAUUUAAACGUUUUACCAAAGCCAAUUAACCUACAAACCUGUACAUCUUUGGAGUUUGGAGAAAAACCAGAGCUCCUGGAGAAAACCCACAGGGAAAACAUACAAACUCCAUACAGGCAACACCCGAAGGCAGGAUCAAACACGAGCCUCUGGCACUGUAAGGCAGCAAAUCUACCGCUGCGACACUGCGCCAUCCCCUUUUAAUGCUUCCAAAUAUUUCUGAUAAAAUGUAAGAUCGAUCCUGACUUCCGAUGCUGUCUGUGUGGAGUUUGCACGUUCUCCCUGUGACCGUGUGGGUUUUCCCCGGAUGCUCAGGUUUCCUCCCACAUCCCAAAGGCGUGUGAGUUUGUAGAUUAAUUGGCCACUGUAAAUUGCCAUUGUGUGUGGGAAGUGGAUGAGAAAGUAGGAUAACUUAGACUAGUGUGAACAGGUCUUAGGUGGUCAAUGUGGACUUGGUGAGCUGGUCCUAUUAUGUAUAUUUAACUAAGCAAAGCUAAUGGGGCAAUCUACAUAAACACUAAACGUUAACAAAUAAAAAUAGAAAUUGUGUUUGAAAAUACAUUUAAGUAUUACUUUAUAAUAUGCAGUUACAAAACAAAAUAAGCUACAAUUUAACUGAAAUUAUAUAUUUUAUUAAAAGUAGCAACAUAAAUUUUGUUGUGUGGACAUGCUGGCUGUGUUUUGUGAACUUUGAAUACAUUUCUUGGUGAUUUUUGCCGGAUUGUGCAAUUUACUUAAUAUCUCGAAGCACUGUUCUACCUGAAUGACCCGUAAUUCCAUAUUCUAUUCCUGGGAACAUCGUUUUUCGCCUCAGUCCGAGUACACGUUCGGGCGAUUAACUGUGUCAGGUGAGUGGGAUGGACGGCUGGUUCCGGGAGGAGGGGAUUUCAUCACCAUUUGUUUCCAUGGAGCCAACAUCGCCACGUUAAAACUUCAGGGAGAAUGCAGAAUCGACAAUAAGCGCGAGUAUGGAGAAUUGCCGAUAAAACAAGCCGGUGUUCUAUUUCUCUUUUCCAGCAGCGGGAGUAGUUCAAGUGCAGUAGUUUGGUGAUUAACUGGUUAGAUGCCUCAACAGAAGCAAACACCUUUGCCUUUGGACUAGAAAACCCCACCCAAGAAAGAUUUUUUUGCACAAUGAGCCAGCAGGAAGAGAAUGAGUGCUUUGAAAACUAUGCAUAUCACCACUCCGAAACGCUGGAAAUGGACAGAGGUACACGGGGACCAUCUACAGCCCACGCAACCCCACUGCCAUCUUCCUACCAGCGGGAUGUGUUUCAAUCAUCAGAUGUUUGGAGAAAUUGUGGGCAGCCAGAGAUUAUACAAAUGACAACAAUUGGCAGAGAACACAGGGAAUCAACACCUCCAUUCAAUCAUAUGAAUGCAAAUGAGAAUAACACUGGAUAUGUUAAUCCUGGGUUUGAGCCCAUUGCAGAUGAUUCCUAUGGCUCUGUUUCAUCAACGUACUCUGCAAGUCAUUGCCAAGAUUCUUCAUUCAUUCCCAGCCUCGACAGACAUGUUCAAAUUUUAAACAUGGAGCCAAAAACGUAUCCAGAUUACAAAUACAUUGAAACGCAUAAACCUCCACAAGAUGUUCCUCAGACACCAGGCAAAAUAGAGGAAGAUGCAUCGACAAAGAUCUCCAGUCAGCUAACGAUAAAUAUCGAUGAAAUCACUGUCUCAAAUUUGAACAAACAUGAUGAACCGCAUUGGAGAGGGAAGAGGCGCAUAAGUAUUGGUGCUGUAAUACGGAUGGCAUCCUUGGUUGGUGUGAACGAACUGGAUAGAAUACCAGAACGUGAGCUGAGAGAAGAGGAGACAGAAGAAAGGAAGGAGCUUAUUGCUGAACUGGUGACCUUAUCAUCCAGUGAACGGGCAAGGGCCAUCCUGGAAUUGACAGUGGGCUUGGAUGAGAAACGAAAGAUCAGAGAACAGGUAAAUAUGGAGAUUGGGCCAAAGUCAAUGGAAAGAGAAUAUCAGAUAAAUAGCUGCACCCAGCUUCUGGCUAAAAUAUUAUCUACUCUUCGACGCUUCCGUGAAAACGCGAUUGAAAUUUUCCAUUCAAUUCAUCCGUUGCAUAGAUCCUUGAAAGUUAUUGGGGGCAAGUUCGGAACAGGAGUUCUCACUUACUUCACCUUCCUCAAGUGGCUCCUUUCGUUCAACAUCCUUACCUUCCUCAUUAACACCAGCUUCAUCACCAUUCCUCAGUUCUUUGAUUUGGUUCCCAACAACCGCUCUUUCACGGGCUUGGAGCUUCUCAGUGGUGCAGGUUAUUUUACACAUACGGUUUUUUAUUAUGGGGUUUACACCAAUGCCAGUAUUCAUGCAGGCCAUGCAGCAGGAGUAUAUAACAUGCAACUUGCUUAUUUCCUCACCUUUGGGGUCUGCAUGCUGAUGUGCUUUCUAUCUCUAGUGUUCAGCAUGGCAAAGUCAUUCAAUGAAAACUUCAUAGCAAUCGGCACUUUCUCUGGUGAGGCAGCCAAGCUUCUGUGUUCAUGGGAUUACAACAUAACGAAUGAGAAAACCGUGCAGCUGAAGAAAAGGAGCCUCAGCACACAGUUAAAGGAAAUGCUAUCGCACAAGAUGCAUUACAAGAGACAACUAACGCGAAACCAGAGGAUUGUAAGAUAUUUAAUUCACCUGAUGACUUGGAUUAUUUCGUUGGGUACAACGUACGCCUGCUGUUUUGGAGUUUAUUCCUAUUCUGUUUCUAAUUUUCAGGUUAUUGAAAAAAAUGCAAUGGAGGAAGACUUGCAAAAACAAGCAAUAACAUUGAUCUUGCCUUGUCUGGUAUCAAGCAUUAAUCUAUUUGUACCCUUAUUCUUCUCUUUCCUCGGUUUGAUGGAAAGAUUCAAAUAUCCAUGGCAUGAGAUCUAUGUCCUUAUUAUCAGAAAUGUGUUGCUGAAAAUGUCAAUGAUUGGAGUUCUGUCUUACUACUGGUUGGUGACAAUAGCAAAUAAUAUGGAGUGUUGGGAGACAUUUGUGGGUCAAGAACUCUACCGACUUGUCGUGACGGAUUUCAUCUUCUCUUUGUUCAGUUCCUUCUUCGGGGAAUUCAUUCGAAGCGUGAUAGGAACACAUUGCUGCCCAAAGCUCGGAAAGCCAGAAUUUGACAUUGCAAGGAAUGUGUUAUCAUUAAUCUAUGCUCAAACACUUGGGUGGAUUGGAAUAUUCUUUGCACCUCUUUUACCAGCAAUACAAAUUAUUAAAUUUUUCAUGACGUUUCAUGUUAAGAAGGUGAGCCUGAUGAUGAAUUGUCAGCCACCACGCAUGGCUUGGCAGGCUAGCCACAUGACCACAAUCUUCAUCUUACUCCUGUUCUUCCCUGCCUUCAUUGGGGUUCUUUGCCUGAUAGGUGUGAUUGUGUGGAAACUGAGACCCUCUAAGUUCUGUGGGCCAUUCAGAGGAUUAAUCACUGCCUAUAGUGCAGUCUCUCAUUUUAUUAAUGAGAAGGUGACCCGACUGGAGUGGCUCUCAUGGGUCUACAAAAACAUGGUUCUGAGCCCACUAUUCUACUUCACCCUAUCCAUCAUUGUGUUUGCUUUUAUCUACCUGUAUUGGCAAAUUAUCGAUGGGCGUAAAGUGAUGGUAAAACUCUUACAAGGGCAAAUUAUCAAUGAAGGAAAAGACAAAGCAUAUUUGCUACAAAAACUCACUGCCUUGAGAAUAAAGGAAGAUAAUGGAGGGAGGAUGAAGUCAAUAACAUUUGCGAAAGAGCCUGAUCAGCAGAGUGGGGGAGGAAGCGAAAGCCAAUUCAACAAACAAAGAUUUGUUGAUGAUGCCACGUCAACCAGCGACAUGGAAGUUUGGAGUGUGAUUAGUGAAAAAGAUCAGGAUCGUGGCUCAAGUAUAAUAGAGUCAGGCUCCGCUCAGACACUGGCAUUAGCUGCCACGCAGCAGGUUGAGCAGGAGCAGCCGCAAUAACCAUUCCCAAGACAGUUCCUAGUGCGCUGUGCCACCCCAGGAAUCCCCACAAGAGGACUUGCCAGCACCUUAUCCGAUGAAAGACUCUCACAGAUUGCAGCCACGCUUGCCACUCAGUCACUGACUACAGUUGAGCUCUUGGUGGCUUCUGCCCAGGUACUUUCAUACAUCCACUGGAUCACUGCCAAACUUUACACAAAUCCUUUGCAGACUUUGCUGGUCCAAAUAAUCGGGAGCAUUUUCAAUGGUUGUCCAUGCUAAUAAAUAUGACUCCAUGCUCCACGAUGCAUCACUAAAAUUGUAAAUUACAUAAUCUAACCCAAUGAAGUUAUAUGCCUAGAAAUCCGGAUCAUGUAACCUGCUGCCUGGCGCUGUGGGGUUAAAAUCUAUUCCACCAGGGAUUGAUCACAUUUACAACCAUUUCCAAGUUGAAUUAAAUCAAGGGAUGAUUUGACUAGAGAGAAGGAGAAACUGUUUGUAAGUCACCCUAGCACACUCCAAGGCAGUUUCUGUGUCAAAACCAAGCCAGAGAAUUUGGGCCUUGCUGCUUUGGGACACCUGUAUGGCACAUUACAGGUCUUACAGCUUGGGUGAACUGCAGAAAGCAAGAUGCCUUCCUCACCGAGUAGCCCCCUCACUGCCACUUCUGGCAACUCACCACCACCCUGUUGCCGACCUCUCCCAGCCACUCUCCUUCCGCCCCCCCCCCAGGCACAACUGGAUCUUUGGUCAACCCACAAAGUUUGGCCAAGGGAGAAGAAUCUUGGGCAACACAGUUCACGGUUAAGAAUACAUGAGGCCCAGUAACUUGACAUUGAGGCCAAGUAACUUCACCUUGA